CGGUCCCGGCUCCGCUAUAAAAUCCCGGCCGGCAUGAUCGUGGCAUCCUCGGCGGCCUCCUCCGUGCGCGACCCCUGGCUUGGCGACGUCUUUGCUGCUGCGCAGGAUGUGGCUGCUGCUUGCGCUCCUGGUUCUCACCACCGCCCGGCCUCUGGCCAGCGCAGAGUCACACUGGUGCUACGAGAUUCAAGCUGAGGCCUCCAACCACACCUGCCAGGGCCCAAACCUGUGGGGUGACGACUGCCAGAAGGACCACCAGUCCCCCAUCAACAUCGACACCACCAAGGCCGAGGUGAACCUAGACCUGGGACCCUUCUCCUUCUCCGGCUAUGACCAGAAGCAACAGUGGGAUGUUGAAAACAAUGGGCACUCAGUGGUAGUGUGGCUGGAGGACAAGCCCAUAAUUUCUGGAGGAGGACUGAACGCCCAGUACCGGGCCCAGCAGCUGCACCUGCAUUGGUCCAACAAGAUGAAUAGAGGCUCAGAGCACACCUUCGAUGGGCAUCGCUUUGCCAUGGAGAUGCACGUAGUACAUCAGAAACAGAAUGGGACAUCGAGGAUCAAGACAAAGGCCGAGGACCCAGAUGAGAUUGCAGUGCUGGCCUUCAUGGUGCAGGCUGGAUCCAAGAAUGAUGGCUUCCAGCCCCUGGUGGAGGUGCUGUCUGAGAUCCCCAAACCCGAAAUGAGAACCACGAUGAAAGAGAGCAUCAGCCUGUGGGACCUGCUCCCCCAGGAGGAGAAACUGAGGCACUACUUCCGCUACCUGGGCUCCCUCACCACGCCGGGCUGCCAGGAGAAGGUCGUCUGGACCGUGUUCAAGGAGCCCAUUCAGCUUCAUGAGGACCAGAUCCUUGCAUUCUCCCAGAAGCUGUACUACGACAAUGAGCAGAAACUGAGUAUGACGGAAAACGUCAGGCCCCUGCAGGACCUGGGGCAGCGCCCGGUGUUCAAGUCCCAGGCCCCUGGACAGCUGCUGCCCUUGCCCUUGACAACCCUGCUGGCCCCCACACUCACCUGCCUGAUGGCUGGCUUCCUCCAGUGAUAGCUCACUUCUGGACACCUGACCUCUGAUCUCAGCCCUUAAGGCCUUGGGCCUCUGUUCCUCAGGCUCCCCAGGUUGGACUGUAACGAUGAUUAAAAUAUGGGUAUAUUUUUGGAAAAA